AGGAGUGUGUCUUUGGAUGAGAGUCAGUUUCUUGGCUGGUGAGGAGAGUUAGAAUCACAGCCGUCUUUGCCGUCCUUCUACUUUCCAGAUUUCACAUUUGGUUUGCCUUUUUUGUUGUUGUUCAUUAUGCAUCAUUCGGAAAUUCCUAAAGAAGCUUUGAAGACUGCGACUCAGAAAAACAGAAUGUUAUUUAUUUAAUUUUUUUUUUUAGAUAAUUCAUAUGGCUGGGAGGUUCCUCUACUUUGCUGUGGAUGCAUCUCUGCUUUUCUAGAGUGAGCGGUGGUGCAAACAACUUAAGAACGGAGGAUUUCUAUCCCAGAUGAGAUUCUAUGGUUAGCAUCAGUGUUCAGACGCAUCUGCAAGCUCAACCAUGUCAGUAAGGAUGCUACAUUUCUCUACCUCAAAGCACCUGGUGUUGUUAGUUCUCAUGUGGAGCCUCAGCUGCACAAGUCUGAUUACUGCCUGGCCAGGCAUUCCAAGAAGUAAGCCAAAGGCUGAUUUGGACCCAAAUGUGAGAGACUGGGGAGAUUACUCAGAUGUUCCCACUGGAAUGGAACAUGGACUUGGACUGGAAGAGGACAGAGAAAAUGAAGACAACAGAGGAGUGAGAGAGCCGUCAUCCAACUUGUCUCCCGAGCUGGAUUUCCUGGCUGACUUCGCAGGUAAGAAGAGACUGUGGGUGAUAACUGCUCCAUCACAUAAUGAUAACUACUUACGGAUGAUGGAGAAACAGCUCGAAGACAUGGAUCAGAAAGAACUGAACUGCCGGUUAGCUGAAAGAGACACUUUCAUCUUAAUCAUCAUCCAGAAUGCAAUGAUGGAGGGUCGUAUUCAGAAAACAACUUUUCAAGGAGAUGCCACAGUGGAGAACCUGGAUCCCGACACAAUUACCAAACUGCUUCAUUACCUAGAGCUUUCCAGUCAAGAGCAAGCCUUCUCCAUGCUGGUCAUGAAGAAGAACCUUGGCAUCAGCGAGCGUUUUCCGUAUCCGGUCCGUGUUGAGGCAAUUUUGGAGCUCAUUGAUCAGUUUCCAAUGAGAAAACUGGAGAAGAUGACCAGAAAAGGAUCCAACUUAAGGUGUAAAACAAAAAAAAAGAAGGUUGUGGUGAAAAGGAAAAAGCUGAUAAAGAAGAACAUGCUGAGCCCUCAUAGGGCAGGAAAUGUGACCUCGGUUGUGAUUUCUCAAAGGCAACACUUGGACAAAAAAGCUGUACUAAUGAGUAAGAUCCAAGACAUACUGAAUGGCAAGUCACGAUUUGUUAUUCGUAAGAAGCCUGGCGGAUCGACAAUACAGAAGACCUCGGACAGUAAUAAUGAUUGGGAAACCACCAAAGUGUCAAGUGGAGGCCAGUCUGUUUCAAAAAGUGAGGAGAAAGCAAAGAAAAACAGGGGUCCCUCUUCUACAGAUGAAGAAAAGAAAACAACUGAACGGCAAAACUCCAAAAAUAAAGAAGAAUCAAAUAUAAAGGCUAACAAAGAGAGUAAAGGCAGCAAUAAGAAGAAGGGUAAAGGGAAUAAAGGAAAGAAAAGAAAAGGAAAAAAGUCAAACAGAGCAGUAAGUGAAGAGGAUAAAGCAGCUCUGAAGACAUUUUUGGAUGGAAUUAGAGGGUCCAGAAGAUUAAUGCUCAUCUCGACACCCAGCAGAGAUACAGCUCUGUACAUUCAGCAGACUGAGGAGAAUAAGAAACACCUCUGUGAACUGGGCAUGAGGAAGAUAACAGUGGCAACUAUGGUUGGAGAAGGAAGUGACUCUACCAUCUCUGUGCAGCACCAGCUGCUCGAGUCUGAGCCUCCCCACAGGGAUCAAUUGGAGCAAGUCUUGGACUCACGCCUGAUCCCUCUGUUAAGAGCAGAGCUUGGCCUGUCUUCCUCUGACCUCUUCUCAAUGACCGUCACAGAUUACGACAUCAAACCCAAUAGAGUCUUUGAGGCUCCACCGUCUAGCACAGCUCUGUUUGAGUACAUCGACAACUUUCCCUCCAGGAACUCGGAGAAAGAGAAAGAAAGGAAAAGGCCUCCAGUGUGCUCCAAAGACACAAAAGCACCGGUGGUUGAGAACUCUCUGCUCAGGUUUAUGUCCAAGCGGAGGCUGCUACUGAUCUCUGCUCCCUCAGAGGACGAUUAUUCUUUCCAGCAGCAGAUUUCUGCUCUCAGUGGCCAGGAAUGUCAGCUGGGUAUCCGUCACUUUGCACUGUUAAAGUUGACUGGAAAUGGACCAAAAGCUUCAGGAACUGUUGAGCUAUUUCCCAUAAAUGGUCGCAGUCAAAGCGAGGUGGAACCAUUAUCUCAUCUUGUGGUCAACAACUUGAGAGAACAGCUGAAAGUCAAUAAGGACUACUUUAGUAUGCUGGUCGUGGGGAAGGAUGGUGAUGUCAAGGCAUGGUUCCCAUCACCUAUAUGGUCCCUGGACAACAUUUAUGAUCUAGUGGAUUCUAUGGAACUAAGAAUGCAGGAGGCAAACCUACAGAUGAGUGUGGGGAUCCAGUGCCCAGAGAAUGUUGGAAGAGGAGGCAGCGAAACAGGACACUAUCCUGGAUACGAUGAAGACAGGGCUGAGGGGACAUACCUCUAUCACCAGUCAGAGGACAAAUGAGACCUUAUUAUACCUAUAACCACAAACAAGUUACUUUAGGAGUCAUCAAGAGCAUCAUAUGUAACCCAGAUAGAUUAGGUUGGUAAAACAAAAUAUUUUAGAUUGAUGGACUGAUCUGCAUACUUUUCCAAUCCAUGCUGCAAAAACAGCAUGGAUUGGAAAACGCAAUACAGCAACUAAUGAGCCUCUAACUUCCAAGUACAAAAGAAAACACUCUUCAGGACUAAUUUAAUGUGUAAUUUUGUAUGACGAUAGAUUAUGAUGAAGACCACAGAAAAAAUAAAUUUACUGAAUGGAUAACAAUUAGAAAAUGUUAAAAAUGUUAAACAUCUACUGUAAAUACUACAAGUCAUAUUUACCUAGAGCUAGACACUGCCUCUAAUGCAAAUAAAUUAUUGCAGUAGACGCACUGUUUUUUGCUGUAAAAUAAAAGAAGUAUAUUAGAAAUGUAAAAAUAAAGCCUUCAUACAAAAAGAUU